CAACAAACGUCCGUGACGACCUCGCACUUGUGCACACAUUCGCUCGCUUUGGGCUACCUUUGGGCGCCCUUCGGAAUCAAUCGACCCUUGCCUUAUGGCACCUCCAUCGGGCCUGAACAAGUCAUCUUUACCCUCGGAUUCCGACUUACCAUACACCAAGACCCUGGCCACCCGCACCGGCUCCUCAUCAUACCUGGUCCCGGCCAGGCUAUCUGGUGCUACCGAUGUCGACGUGAAUAACCCACGUCGCCUGCAUCAGCAGCGUGAUGACCGGAGCCGAAGCCGAAGGAGAGGUAAACGUGCUUGGAAGAAGCUCCUUUGGGUGAAACAAUCUUACCCCGACAACUACACCGAUCAGGCAACGUUCCUCGAAAAUCUACAGCGCAACCCACGCCUCCAGCCCUACGAAUUCUGGCCCCUGGUCGCGGACUCGACCGUCAUCGUUCAACAUGUCUGUUCCGUCAUAAUAUUCGUCGCCUGCUUUGUAGGCAUAUUUCAAGAGCGAAUUAGUCCCAUGACGGUCGUGAGCGUCUCCAGCUUCGCAACCUUUCUGGGGUGGUGCCUUUAUGAUCGUUGGGUUGGCCUGGAGGCUGCCGAGGGCGCCAGCGACAGCGACGUCACCGAAAAUCCUCCCAAUGGUCGAUCUUCGCCCCAAAAGCAACGAUCCAGGUCCCGCGGGCCCAGGCCAACGGGCGUAGGGUUCACCUCGGAGCGGCCUCGGCUGGCCGUUGUCGGCAGCAGUGACCAGCUAGGAGGAAGUCGGCGGGGCAGCUUGCUUUCCAUCAGCGCACACCCUCAGUCCACUUCGGCAAGCUCAUUGGUCUCUACAGCCUCUCAUGCGAGCGCAAAUGGCCCAUCGGCCACAGCAACUUUGAUGUCUCCAAAGCACAGGCCAUCCUCCCCGCUCCGAGGCGGGAGGGCACAGCUACGCGCGAAUGCGCUGAAGUCGGCGCUCCUCAUCUACUUCACUCUCCUAGGCCUGUCUCCGAUAUUGAAAUCUUUGACCCGGUCCACGUCUUCCGACAGCAUUUGGGCAAUGUCCUUUUGGCUGCUUGCCAUCAACAUUUUCUUCUUCGACUACUCGGGAACUUGGACGGGCGUAAAUCAUAUAUCUGUUGCGUCACUGUCUACCAAUGCCGCACUGAUGGCCUCGACGGUUUUGGCCAGUCGCCUCCCGUCAACUGGGCAGGUAUUCGGCCUAACUAUCUUCAGCAUCGAAGUAUUUGGUCUGUUCCCUGUGUUCAGGCGCUAUGCGCGCCACCGGAGCUGGCGCUUCCACGUUUUACUCACAUUUCUGCUCGUGGCGGGCGCCGGCGUUGGCGUUGGUCUGACACUAGCCGGGAAUGGAACCAACGUGGGCUUUCCGUGGAGGAGCGGUCUUCUUGGCAUGGUGGCAGCCUGUGUUAUUGCCGCUACAGCGAUGGGUGGGUGCAGCUGGUGGCUUCUCGGGCUGCAAAAGUAUAAAAACGAAAUCCAUGGGCCUUGGGAUCCGGCUCGACCUGUUAUCAUUAGUAGGACGCACUGGGAUGAUGACUGACGCUUGAUAUGGUAAGACGAAAUCCAAUAUGUUUUCUCUAAUUCUGUGCACUGGCAUAUACUCGUCACGUGCUGCUGAAUACAAUAGCUAGACAAGACAGCAAGUGCUCUCUUACGCUUGGUUACGGACUAGCAAGCCUAGGUAGGUAGGUAGGUGAGCUAAGGCUAUAUGAUAUAUGCUAGUGUCCCCUUGGCGAGGUAGACUUGACAAGUUUCAUGGCAUUCUCACGGUAGUCGCCAGAACCCCCGUACCUGGCAAUAACUUGGUCGAUAGCCACCUCGGUGGUAUCCCUUGUACGAUGUCUUCCCACUAUAGCCGUAUUCCUAGUACUGGGUAUGCGCAGCAUUUCGGUCUCUACUUGCCACCCACAGUCGACCGCGAUAUCGGAAACCCAGGCCACAAGGCUAGAAUAAGCAGAGUGCGACUUGCUCUUGUCAGUCGGCGGUGGGGCCCGAAACCUGGCGCCGGUCAAAUUGUGACUGCAGCAUGGGAUGGCUAUGAACGGACAUCCAGAAGCGGUGGCGAGCAGCGGCGUCCAUGGAGUCAGUUCAUCUGCAUGGUUGGAUAUAAUGAAGGUCCCUUUGGGAAAUACGCCAUCGUGGAUCCCCACGGUCUGUGGCGAGACUUCUACGUCAUUUAUACUUGGAGAGCCCUCUUGACCAACGAGUGAGGGGAUUAGGACCAAUUCCUGCAGAGUUGGCUGGCCGUCUGGUUGAAGACCGUUGUAGACAUGCCAAGAUUUUCUUGCUCUAGCAUCGAAACCCCAGCCACUAUCUCCCACUCAUCGUAUCUUGGUCAGCCACAACUUCAGAAAACAGGCUUAGCAAAAAAAAAGUCAAGAUGAAACGUCAACUACGCA